AUAAGAGCCACAACCAUCUCCGUCAUCGAAGCUAUACCUACAUCAUUUUUGGGAUGAGUGGGCAAUGAUGAAACCAUAAAUACUUUGCUGUAGGCUAUUAAGAUCUUCAGAAGGCAACAUGCAUGACAAGCAGGAGAUGGAUGGAAGGACCAGGGAGUUCUGGGACAGGGCCCGGGAGGUACCUUUUAUCCAGGAUGAACAGAAACCAAGGAAGCUCCGGAAGUUCAUCCAUAACCUCGCCUGCACAUUUAUUGCCAUAAUGGCAUUUGCACUGGCAUUUUUUAGUAAGUCUUCCCUGCUACUCUUGAUAACAGCAUCAAACACAGCCUCAAGAAGUGUGCCUACAAAACCCUACGCACUUCUGUUUCUUGCCUGUUGUACAGUCACUCCAAGUGCUCUGGCAUUGAUUAAAAGCAUUUGGAAAAUGACAUUUAAAGACUCAAAGACACCCUUGAAAAUAACAAUUUUAUGGGUUUUCUGCACUGAAGCACUUGUUGCUUUUGGGACCAUAAUUCUCAUCCUUGUAGCAAUGCCCCAUUUCAACAUUAUCACCAACGUAAUGAUCCUGAACAGUGUGGGAAUCCUGUCUGCUGUGCUUCAGUUGGCUGUUAAUUUGGUUACAAGAGCGAGGAACAAGUUCGUUUUCAUUACCUCCAUUGCUGCGUUCAUCCUGAUAACAGCUGGAUAUGUGCUGUUUGUAUUGUUUUACAUCGUGGAGACAACAGAUUCAAAAAAAAACCUGACAGAAUUGAAAUAUAUUGCCGUUGCCAUAGCAGGGGGUAUCUUGGUCUCCCUGAACUGGUGGGAGAACUACAGCAGCCUGUUGCGGACUAACUUCCUGGUAAACCUUGCCAAGGACACCAAGAGGUGCAGAAAUAUCAUCAACAUCAUCGCUAGUGUUGUGAGAAUUGGAGUCACAGCGAUUGUGUUGGGGGCCUAUGUCAAACUGCAGGGCCUAGAUUGGUCCUCUGUUCUGACAAUCCCACAGGACUCAAGGACUGUGGUCCUGAGCCUCUUUGCCAUCCAAGUACUCUCUAGUGCCCUCUGCCACUGGUUUGUGGUAGUGGCCUGCAAAAUGCAUGCAGUGCGGCGGAGCUUUGUCAUUCCGAUGUGGCUGGCUUCCCCUGCUGUUCUUCUGGCUUUUGUGCUCAGUUUUGGAAUCCCUUUUCACAGUCUGGCCCAGAAACACACCCCAGGAAGUUACACUUUUGCCUUGUACUGCCAAAACUUCAUCAGAGUCAACAACUCGGACGUCAUUGCAUUUACGCAGCUGGCUUCUGAUGUCACCUACUCGCUCUGUGCCCAGAAUACCUUCCGAAAUGGAGACACAAAAGGCUGGGCUCUGCUGGGAAGCUCUGUGCUCAGCUGGUGGCUUGGGCUGUUUCUCAGUACCAUCUACAUCUGGUUCCACCCAUACCAGCGCAUCGAGAGGACCAAGGACCUGUUUGUGCGCCGCCUGUAUGAAGGGGCUUUCAUUGACCAGUCCAUGCUUCUCAAUGCUCGCUUUGACAUCCCCCAGAGGAAGAGGCAAACCAAGGAAAAGGAAACUGUGAUGCUCUACCUGUGUGCCACAAUGUGGCAUGAGACCUACAGCGAAAUGAUGACGAUGAUGAUCUCUUUGUUCAGGCUGGACAAAUUCAGACCCAGGAGAAACUCAUAUAAAGAUGUGAGAUUUGAAGACCACAUUUUCUUUGAUGACGCUUUCGAAGACGUGGAAGGAAGGAAACAUCGCCGUGUGAAUGACUAUGCAGAGAUGCUGGUGGAAGUCAUCAAGGAAGUCUACAUGAUUUUCAGUAAUGAGGACCCAAGCAUCUUCAAGGACGACACAUUACUUUCUGCGCAGAAAAUCAUCAAAACCCCUUACGGUGGCCGUCUCAAAUACACACUGCCCCAUGGCAACAUACUGUAUGUUCACUUCAAAGACAAGCAGCUGAUCCGCCACAAAAAGCGAUGGUCUCAGAUUAUGUACCUAUACUAUCUGUUGGGCUGGAAUAUGAACAAGAAGUAUGUCCUGAGGUCUGAGAAUGGAGAAGGGAGAAUCAUUCUGGAGGAACAAUUGAAGAAGGAAAAGGAGAACACCUACAUUCUGGCUCUGGAUGGAGACAUUGAUUUCCAGCCUUCAGCUGUGAUGCUUCUGGUGGAUCGCCUCAGGUUGUACCCUGAGGUCGGAGCAGCCUGUGGCAGGAUUCAUCCCACAGGCACUGGGCCCAUGGUGUGGUAUCAGAAGUUUGAAUACGCUGUGGGGCACUGGAUGCAGAAGGCAACAGAACAUGUGUUUGGCUGUGUGCUCUGCAGUCCUGGCUGUUUCAGCCUGUUCCGGGCAGCUGCACUCAUGGACGAUAAUGUGAUGAAAAAAUACACCACCACUGCCACAGAAGCCAGCCAAUAUGUGCAGUAUGACCAAGGGGAGGACCGCUGGCUGUGCACCCUCAUGUUGCAGCAGGGUUGGAGGGUCGAGUACAAUGCAGCAUCUGACUCCUACACCAACGCCCCUCAGGAAUUCAAGGAGUUCUACAACCAGAGGCGGCGCUGGGGGCCAUCAACCCUGGCCAACACUCUGGACCUGCUGGCAACUGGAACCCUGACGGCACAGAGAAACAAAUCUAUAUCCAGACUAUUCAUCCUCUACCAGAUCAUAAAUAUGGCCUCUUCCAUCCUAGGCCCAGCCACUGUUUGCUUUAUGAUCGCAGGGAGCUUCUCAUCUGUGUUUGCAAUUUCUGCAAAUGUUAGUCUGAUUCUGGCAAUCAUCCCACCUUUAAUAUACCUGUUCCUGUGCUUCAAGCUGAAGUCUGAUACCCAAAUCACCAUCGCCGCUGUCAUGAGCGUGUUGUAUGCUUUCCUCAUGUUAGCAACAAUGUUAUCUAUUGCAGGGGAUUUGGUGAAGGUGGGGACCAUCCUGACCCCUAGCGGCAUUUUCUUCGUUGGAAUCCUGGUGCUAUACCUCUUUACGGCCCUGCUGCACCCUCAGGAAUUCCACCUCUUGGUCUACGGCGUUGUUUAUGUCCUCAGCAUUCCGAGUGGGUACCUGUUGCUAGCCAUCUACUCCAUGGUCAACAUGAACAACGUGUCUUGGGGCACGCGUGAGACCGCCGGCCAGGGCAAGGAUGGGCCCGACCACACAUUCAAGAAGAAUGUGAAGUAUGAGAAGAAGUGCAAGUGCUGCUGCUGGAAUGUUGAGUUCCAGAUAAAUGAAGAUGAGAAAGUGGUGGUCAUCCCAGGGCCCACAGAGGCCCCCAUUGCAGCAGAACCAACGAGUGAGAACCAUCCUGAUCAGGAGGAAUGGGAAGAAGAACCAUCUGCACCAUAUUGGGUAACACAGCUGAGAGAGAGAUCCAGUGAGCUGGCCCUGAUAGAUGACACACUUGAUGACGAAGAAGAGAAGUUCUGGAUAAAACUCCAAGAGCAAUAUUUAAAGCCUAUAGAUGAAGACAAGAAAAAGCAGAAACAAAUUGCAGAAGAUCUCAAAGACCUCAGAAAUAAGGCGACAUUUGUCUUCUUCAUCUGCAACGCUCUGUGGAUUGCAGCCACUUUUUUCCUUCAGCAGAUUGGCACAGCGGUCACCAUUGUGAUCCCCAGAACGUUCCUCAAUGGCACAAAGGAUCCCAACACAAACAUCUAUAUUGACCCAAUUGGACUGAUGUUUCUCCUGGGCUUCGCCUCCCUUCUGGCCAUACAGUUGUUUGGGAUGAUCUGGCACAGAAUUCAGACGCUAAUUCACUACAUCGCCUACAGUGGGACCGAAGCUAAAUCUAUGAGCAUGGAAUUCAAAAAGUCAAUGAAUGAAAUCAGUGAUGAAAAGAAUUUCCUCUAAGAAAGUACGUUUUCCACAUUGAAGCUGAUGAAAUCCAAAAAAAGGUUCACCUGCAAUAGUUUUUCCCACGGAGAGAAGAUGGUCAUUAUAUCUGGGUUUGUAAAUUGCAAAAUUGAAAUGUUGAUUUUUAUUGACAGCUAUGCACAUAUAUAAUGGAUAUGUCAGCAGAAUAUAUUAAUUUGUGAACAAGUGCAAUAAGUUGGUUUUUGAAAUGUUGUAUGCUUUUGAUUCCCCUUGUCUGUAGUCAUGUCAGCUUUUUUCAAUGCCAUUUCUUUUCUUUCUUCCCUUAACUCCCUUUUUAUUCUUGAAUGUGCACAUCCAAAGACAUAUUUUUUAAAUUGAGUAUGUUAGAAACAAUAUGCUGUAUACAUUACAACUGUGUUAAAGGGGUCCCUUUUCACAACAUUUUCAACAAUUUUCCAUUACACUCCUGGGCCCUCUUCAACAUGUUUGUCAUUUUUUUCAAUCAAAAAAAUCAUCAAUAUAUUCAUUAUUAAGAUAUACUUUAAAUUUGCUGAGUGUUAGAAACAAUGUGCACUAUACAUUACACCUGUGUUAAAGAGGUCCUUCUUCUCUACAUUUACAUUAUACUCCUGGCCCCUCUUCAAUAUGUUUAUGUCAUUUUUUUCCCAAUCAAAAAUAUCCUAAAUAUUAUAAAUUAUUUUUCAGAGCCUUGCCUGGCUUUUCAGCCACACAAGCUAGUUUGUCUUGCUCAUUUAAAUAUGUAAUGACCUGUAGCUACAAUUGGCUCCUGGUUUUCACUAACCCCACCCACAAACAGAAGGCUUGAGGAAAGAAGCAAUGCAGCACAACUGAGUGUUAUCACGGUGUAAAUGAAGGAGCCAGAGACAGAUCUGGUGUUGUGACAUAUAAUGCACCCCUGCAUUAUUUAAAUUAUAAAUUGAUAUCUGUACCUUUUGAACUGUACCUUUUGUGAAAGUGUCUUAGAAACAUUAUCAUCUGUUUUCGGAAUACCCUCAUGUGAAGACAUUUUGAAAUGACUAGCAAUGUCUUGUGUCAACUCUAUCCAAUACUGCAGUAUGAAAAGAAAGAAUCUGAUGUAUUCCUGUACUUUACAAUGUCAUGCAGACCCUAAUGUUUCAUAUACAAGCAUACAUAAUUCAUAUAUCUAUUGAUUGUCCUUGGAAGGUUUCAUAUUCAUAAAAUCAAAUGGUUUAAUGUAAAGCCAGUUUGUAACAUUUUCAAAUUACAACUUAACCACUAUUUCAAGGCUGCUUAUGGCCGUAAAAUCAUAAAGCCACUAGAACUGUGUCUAGUUUUAGUUUAUUUAAUUUUAUUAUUUCUAUUAAUUCCUGAAAUGCUGUUGUUUGUAUGUAUUUAUAUACACCCUUUGUUGACUUGUAAAAAUUAUGUACCUUUCAUGUAAAUUGUAUACAUGUUUUCAAUAAAAAAUUAAAUAAAAAUC